UUGAUGAGUGAUGUAUCAUAUACGGAUGUAGAGAAAGUAAAUUACAAAUUAUCCGUGGUUUUCAAUUUUACUUUGUGAAAUGAAUGAUUCGGUGUUGUGAGAAAUGCUAUUAUUGUCUCUAAGAAAAUGUGUACAUUGUCAAAAUACAGAUCCUAUAGUAGUAAAAUGUUUAAAGACCUUAUCGACUGACACCUCUAGUAUUUAAUAUCUAUUAUUCGUGUAAUUCUAUGUGUGUUUUCUUAUUUUAACGGAAAAAAUGCCAAGGGGAGAGAAUAGACCGAGUACGCUACUGUCCCGAGAGGAAAACGAUCAAGUCUUCAGCCUCAUCGGACCAAAAUGCCAGAGUCUGGCAACAGCAGUAGUCCAAUUGUUCACCACCGAGGGACCGGCACACUCGGAAUGGAAGAAGAAAGAUACGGGCGUACUGUGUUUAAUCAAGGACAACGGCAAACGCUCAUACUUUUUUCGCAUAUACUGCCUAUGUCGGAAGGCGAUGAUAUGGGAGCACGAGGUGUACCUCCAGAUAGAGUACAAGAGUCCCAGACCAUAUUUGCACACGUUUGAGGCAGAGGAUUACAUGACCGCAUUCAAUUUCGCCAACGAAGAUGAAGCAAACAUCCUUAAGAAGGUACUUAUAGAAAAAAUCGAACUUCGAAAACAAAGAAGACAAGAACGCCGCCAGAGGUCGAUGUUGGCGGCGCGCGCCAACAACACGUCGUCGCAGAACACGGCGCCGCGGCACAACGGCCUGCCGCACCAGCCCGCGCCCUCGCCUGCGCCCGCGCCCGCUGCGCCCGCGCUCGCGCCCGUACCACUGCCGCCCAAGUCGGCGGCGCUCACCUCUGGGUACACACUGAAAGCUACAAAUAAAAAACCGAAGAAUAGAAAACUCACAAAAGCUGAUAUUGGUGCGCCGAAAGAUUUCAAACACGUAUCGCACGUGGGCUGGGAUGCAAAAACAGGUUUUGACGUGUCGGAGUCACUACCAGAAGAGGAGAUGCGGUCGUUCCUGUCGCUGGCCGGCGUGUCGGACGUGCAACUGCAGGACCACGCCACCAGGCAGUUCAUAUACGACUUCAUACAAACGCACGGCGGCUACGACGCCGUCAAGGAGGAGAUGCACGACACCAAGAAACCCAACAAAGCAGCGGCCGCGGAAGUACCUCCGCUUCCGGCGCGGGGUCCGCCGCCGCCGCCACAUCCACCGUCCCGCGCCCCUCCCCCGCCGCCGGCGCGAGCAGUUCCCCCGCCGCCGCCGCCCGCUGCGCCCGCGCCGCCCAGGAACCCGCCGCCGCCGAGACCAAUGCAGCCUCCGGCGUCAGCACCGCCGUCGGUGCCUCCCCCUCCCCCGCCGCCGGUGGGCGUGGCGCCGCCGCCGCCGCCUGCACCGCCUGCACCCCCGCCGCCGCCGCCCGCGCCAGUCGCGCCGCCGCCGCCACCGCCGCCGGCCGACAUCGCACCAUCGGUCCCGGGAGACGCUCGUGCCGCCCUUAUGGAGAGCAUACGUAGUGGCAACAAGAAUUUGAAGCAUGUCGAGGUCAAUUCCAAAUCGGAUGACAGCAGGAGUAAUCUACUGAGCGAGAUUAGACAAGGAAUUGAGCUUCGUUCCGUGUCGCGGCCGGCGCGGGCGGAGGUGCGCGCGGGCGGCGCGGGCGGCGCGGGCGGCGCGGGCGGCGCGGACGGGCUGGCGGGCGCCCUGGCGCGCGCGCUGGCCGUGCGCUCGGGCGCCAUCCACUCCGACUCGGACUCGCACUCCGCCUCCGAGCCCGAGUCCAGCGACGGCGAGUGGGACUACUGAGCGCCCUGGCGCGCGCGCUGGCCGUGCGCUCGGGCGCCAUCCACUCCGACUCGGACUCGCACUCCGCCUCCGAGCCCGAGUCCAGCGACGGCGAGUGGGACUACUGAGCGCCCUGGCGCGCGCGCUGGCCGUGCGCUCGGGCGCCAUCCACUCCGACUCGGACUCGCACUCCGCCUCCGAGCCCGAGUCCAGCGACGGCGAGUGGGACUACUGAGCGCCCUGGCGCGCGCGCUGGCCGUGCGCUCGGGCGCCAUCCACUCCGACUCGGACUCGCACUCCGCCUCCGAGCCCGAGUCCAGCGACGGCGAGUGGGACUACUGAGCGCCCUGGCGCGCGCGCUGGCCGUGCGCUCGGGCGCCAUCCACUCCGACUCGGACUCGCACUCCGCCUCCGAGCCCGAGUCCAGCGACGGCGAGUGGGACUACUGAGCGCCCUGGCGCGCGCGCUGGCCGUGCGCUCGGGCGCCAUCCACUCCGACUCGGACUCGCACUCCGCCUCCGAGCCCGAGUCCAGCGACGGCGAGUGGGACUACUGAGCGCCCUGGCGCGCGCGCUGGCCGUGCGCUCGGGCGCCAUCCACUCCGACUCGGACUCGCACUCCGCCUCCGAGCCCGAGUCCAGCGACGGCGAGUGGGACUACUGAGCGCCCGCGCCGCUACCCCGCAUCCUAUCGCUGGCGUACACGCAAAACUAACCAACUCAAUUGUUUGCAUUUUUCACUUGGUAACGAUUUACUGUUUUUUUUUUUUUCUUUUUCUUUGUGUGUUUUUGUUGACGAUUAUCUAUAACAAAAAGAAAUAACAGACACCAACUGUAUAUAUUUUAAAAUAAUGAUCAAUGAAUAAUAUUAAAUAUUUUUUCACUGGGUACAGAGGAAUAACACCUGAGUCCUCAGGGAUGGCAACGCAUGGGGGGUAUCAUGGGUGAAACAGUGUACUCUGUUAUGUCCAUGGUACUGCCCAUGUCUAUAGGCGACGGUUACCCCUCUCCAUCAGGUGGGCCGUCAGCUUGUUUGCCAUUCGAAGUUGUAUAAAAAAAAGGUACAUGGGUUAAAAAAAGUCAAUUGCUUCUAAUACAUGUCCAGCUGCUAUUUUGAAAUUCGACAUUUGCUUGUCGUUUUUCAACACAUGCUGCUUUGGGAAAAAUGUUCAAUGUCACCGAUAGAAACUCCUUUGAAAAGAUGCUAAUGAUUUAUUUGUCAUAAAACUUAAAGUUGAUUGUGAUACGAAUGAAUUCUAUAUUUGAAUAACGCGACAGGUUUUACUUACGGAAUUUGUACGAAUGUGUCAAUAGUGCCAUAUCUUUCACCUAAUUUGAUGUAAAAUUUUGCUAAAACUUUAUGACGUAAAAAAAUACUUGACUAGAAAAAGUGGAAGUCAAGAGUACGUUGCGACAUCUAUUUAAAUGCAUGUCUAUGAUUACAAUUUAUAACUACACAUUCAUCCAUGAUGGUCUAACACACGUAUAUUCAUAAUAUGUACGAACAAGCAGAUUUAAUGUAAUCGAAUCUUGUAAAGCAAUAUUUUAAUUAACAUAUAAAUACAAUUUAUAUAGUAGAAAUUUAUAACACACUACCUCCUACCAGAGGGAGACUGUACAAAAGUCGAUUGCUUGGGUACCUCUGUCCCAUUCGUGUUUCAACCGUGAAGCAGUUGUGUUUGCAUGGCUGUGUUUCGGUUUGAAGGGUGGGAUAUGGCGUGAAUUUACUGGAUACAGAGGAAUAACACCUGAGUCCUCAGGAAUGACAACGCAUGGGGGUAUCAUGGACGAAACAGUAUACUCUGUUAUGUCCAUGGUACUGCUCAUGUGUAUAGGCGACGGUUACCACUUUCUAUCAGGCGGGCCGUCAGCUUGUUUGCCAUUCUAAGUUGUAUAAAAAAAAAAUUAGAAAAUUGCAAUUUAAAAAAAGAAUAUUAUAUCUCCUACUAAAUAUAAACAUUCAUAGUAGUGUGUUCACUGCGUGUGUGUGCAUUAUUUAUGUAAUCAACACACCGGUGCUGGCUUGUAUUGACAUAUCGUGGGUCAACGUGUGGAGGACUGAUGAAGCCACUUCCAGUCGUUAUCUUAUAAUCUAAUGCGAAUAGUCUAUAGACAUUUAGAAUCUUUCUAUCUUAUUACAAAAUACAGACUGAAUAUAAAAGCUCUGAAAUAAACCACAGAGUAAAACAAUUGUUAUUGCAACACAAAGUUUAUCACUAAACCAUAGACCAUCUAUGGUUUCAAGAUAGACCUCCAAAGUACGCAGUUUUACUGCGGUUUAAGACCAAAUAUUUCGUGUUCACAUAAAAUUGGACUUCUACUGAUUUAGAUAUGCAUGCGCAUGCGUCUGCACUAGCGUUAUAUUAUAUGACAUGUAAUAUACGUCUAGAUUGUUCUCGAACAUUUCGAAACUACAAAAUUGGAAAUAAAUGUGUAUUAUCCAAUAUAAUUGAAGACUUUGGAAUUUAAUCAAGUCUGUUUAUAAUAUCGAUUCGUUUACAAUAGGAGGCAUUUUACGUAGACGGAAAACUUCUGUAAAGGUAUUAAGAGCAAAAGCCUAGUUGCAACUUUUUUUUUUUCUUAUAAGGGCUAGUCAAAAUGACCACACCCCACCUGAUGGUGAGCAGGUAAUGUGGUCCAAAUGUAAAAAUUUGUCUUGUAUAUAACAAGACAAUAGUACACCUUGUAUUAACUAAACAAUCUUUUCUUUUUUUUUUUUUAAUAUAUUUAGUGUGAGCUGAGUAACAUUUCCCCUGCCUUAAAAAAUUUUACAACUGUUUUUUAGUUUCAAUUGUGCCGAUUCUGAUGCCCUCUAUUGUAAAUUGGUGUUUAAUGUAAACAGUUUGUUAUUUUAAUAAUAUUACCUUGUCCAAUGGCGACAAUUAACGAAAGUCGAUACGUAUAGGAUAACUAAAGAACCCAUAUGUGCCUAUAAAGCUAAUGUAUUCAUAUUGUGAUCGAUUAACUGUACAUUGUGGUGUACUAAACAAAAAUCUCUUAGUUAUGAAAGACAGAAUGUGGUGAAGUCAUAAAAGAGCAAUAAGAUAAUGACAUAUAAUUUGGCUUUAGCAGAGAAAAAUAAUGCGUUUAUUAUAAUAUAAAUGAAAAAAAAAAUGCUUCUGUUGUCUGUGGGCUGUAGUAUGGUGCAGGUGACACUUGGCAUUUGAUUGUAAAAGAACUAACUAUAUAGGGAUUUUUAGAGUCUAAGUCAGUUAAAUAACUAAUUAUUACCUUCUUACAAUUAAACGGUUUAGUGAAUCUGUAAGUAAAUUUUUUAUCUAUGGUGUUGUUGUCCAGUCACCAGUAUAAUAUUAUAAUGCAAAGAUUAUAAUCACUAUAAUCAACAUGACAGAUGAAACUUGAUAUAAAAAUCUACUGCUCAAAAUUUAAAGCUCACAUUUAUCUAAUUAUUUAUUAUGUAUAUUGUUAUAGAAAAGUUAUAUAAUUACUAGUAUUGAUGAAGACUACAAAUCGGUAAGUGCAUUUUGUCAUCAAAAUUGUGUUCGAAAUUUAAUUCGUAUAAAAAUUGGCGGGAAAAAUGACACUUCUUUAUUAAGGAAAUAUGGAAAAUGUAAACGAGAAUAACAUGUUUUAGAGAUAGAAAGCCAUAGAUAAAAUUUUCAACUCUAAAGAUUUUAUUCCAUAUAAAAACGAAGCUCGAUAUUUUGUAUUAAUUACAAAAAAUACAACAAAUUUUAAACUUUUGUCUUUUUUUAUUUUCAAAAAUAAUUCAUAAAGAUAACGGAUUUAAAAUUUUGAACACAUUUUAAACAAUAAAUGAAUAAUACGAUUAUUAAUAAUUUAUUUAAAACGUAUUUACAUACAAAUAAGAAAUUCGAAAAACCAGAAAGUUAAUAAGUCUGAUAAAAAUUACGUCUAACAAAAUCUACUAUUAAGUAUGUCUGUAAAAUUAUCUGUAAAUACCAUUUACACAAAAAACAAGGACAUACCAAGAUAGCUUUGAUUAAAUCUCUUCAAUGUUAAAAUUUGUAUUUAAAAAUAAUUUAUUAUUAAAAAUACUCGACAAAUACAAAAAAAUAUACUAAUGUAUCUAAUUAAAUUAUCAAGGAAAUGACGUCACAACACAAGUAGGACUAUUUCAUUACUAUCUAUAAAAAUCACUGCUACUUACUAAGAUAGAUGAAAAAUUACAAAAUGUCAAAUCCAUAAAAAAAAAAACUAAAGUUAUAGACGAUCUUAAUUGGAAUUUACGUGAAAAGAUACUCGCGCCGGAAUAGUAAAAAUGAAAACUACAAAUAAUGUAAAUCAAUAAAUAACCACUAAUAAAUUCGUAUUAGUAUAUUUUGACGUUAUUUUCUCAAAUUAAAAAUUUAGCUCAAAAGUUUCGAGUUCCAUAACAAAACUAGGUUUAUUAAAUGUUUAUCUUUAUAUAUUGACAAACGUUAUAAGUAUAAUGGUUUAGUGGUCAGUAUUUUUUUUUUUAUUUUACAUGCAAUAUGGCAACUGUAUCUGUUGUUUUUAUUUUACAAGUAAGCAGUACUUUGUAUGGACUUUCAACAUAUUCUUAUAUUGCUGAUUCGCUUUAUUAUCUUAAAAGUAAUAUAAAAUAAUUUGUGGAAAUAAAAAUAAACGUUUAUAAUAAAAAAUAAAAUUAUUUACAACAUUUAAAUUUAUUAAUUGACACUUCUAUUAGAUGUGUACUUUUUAUCCCUUAAUAAUUUUUUUUUAAAUGCCUUCAAUUGAGAUGUACUAUCAAAACAUUAGGCUGUAUGGUUUUAUACCUCCGCUUUAUCCGUUAUUAGUAAAUUCUUACUACUAAUACACUAUAAUCAUACAAUAUAAUUACUAAAGACGAGGCAGAAUGGCCUAUGGUCGUAGCCUGUCCAAAAGGAUAAAUUAUUAAAAAAAAUUAUUCAAUAUAAAAAAAAUGUUUAAACCUAAAUUUUAAAGAAUCAUAUAUUUUAUUAUUAUAUCCACCUAUAAGCAUAUUUUUUCUAUUAUCUUUUAAGAAUUCUAAAUUGUGUUUUGAACGAAAGUACAGAUUGAUGUUAUAAGGACAGAUUAAUUAUUGUUUAUUUAAUUUAUUAGAUGGCGGAAAUUGAUUUUUUAAUUUAUAAAAAUCAAGUCAGAUAUCGAAUGGUAGAUAUCAGAUUUAGUUAACCUCUGACCUGACAAUAAUUUAUUUCUGUCUUAUGAAAAUUCCAAUUCGUUCCACCGUAAAUGGCAGAAUUUGAUACAGAAUUUUAAUAAAUUCUAUGACAUAUGGUUGUGUGGAAGUAAUAAUUGUGAAAAUUUAUAUUCUAGAACGGUGUUGGACAAAAAUGGUAGAUAAAAUUCAUAAAUUAAAUAAUUUAUGAUACAACUUAUAAACAAUAAUGUUAAUAAAGCAUAUCUAAUGGUAGUGUACAGUACAGACCAAAAAACCUGUCAACUCUAAAAAGUAUAAUAAUGAAUAGAAUAUUCGAAUUGUAUCUUAUGUUACAGAGGUUAUGAUUAUACUUAUUCAGUUUCGCGCGUAAAUGUCGCGGGAAAAAACAAGUAAAACCAUAGAUUGUGCUGUAUGUUUUUUUUAAUACAUAUUGCACGAAUCACGUGUGUUACCACAGUGUAAGGAACAACCAGUGGUCCAGCGCCUUUAGUACAUCUCAAAACGCACUAAUCUGCUUUAACUUGUCUGUUAGGCGUAUAGUAGGAAAGAGUUCUUCAGACUGUGCUCAAUAUAAAAUAGUAAAUUUAAUAAUUGCAAGUCUUUGAACUUUUCCUCUUUAGACAAAUUUGUACUAAAUCAUACAUAUUAAGUUCCAGACACUGCUCAACUAUUUCUCGCCAACACCGUUCGAGUAUUUAGCUAUUAAGAUGAGUGAUUGGUGUGCCAAGUGUUAGCGCUAGUGUUCAGUGCCUAUUGGGAUAAGGUGUUGAUGGGAUUAACUAGUCAAAUUAAUGCUACAAUUAGAAGGCGUAUGAAUAAAAUUUUGCGCGCGUUAUCUGACGACGUUCUUAAAGCAUUGCCCCCUUACUUAAAAUCGCGCCGGUUAUGGCAAUAUUCAUAAUAUCAUAGUGUAAAAAACAACCAGUGGUCCAACGGCUUGCAUGUUCCAAACAAUUACAUGAUUAUUUGGGACGCAUUGACGUUUAGACGUGUCUAUUGGACAACUGGUUAGAAAUUUUUUUUUUUCACUGCUAAUACUUAUAAUAAAUUUGAAAGCUAGUAUGAAAUACAUUUAGGUGUUAACGUUUAAACAGGUUUUAGUAAAAUCUGAUACAAAAUAGCAUAUCCAGUAUUAACACAUUUACGCGGGUAAACAGGAUUUAUAUAUUAAUUGAUUAAUGCCUGACUAAACUAGCGUUUAGAAGUAACGGGGGUAAUGAAAUAUUUCAUCCGUAACUUUUUGCAGUUCUCUAUGGUUUGUUGUUUUACUUCUAUUACUAUAUAGUCUUGUAUGUUGAUUGCAUAUUAAUUUAAUUGCACAUAUUUUUAUAUGGUAAUUAAAAAAAAAACAGUGUUCUCAGGGAACUGCAAAAUAUUAUAAGGUUAUUUAUAACUAAUAUCCAUUCUAACGCAUCAAUUCAAGUACAUAUAGUCAACAAAAUAAAAUUUGUAAACAGUAAAAACUUGGUUGUUAAUUCAGGGCCCGAUUUAGGAGGCGCCAGCCAGGCAAACUAAUGGUAAAAUGUGUUAAAACGUUAAACCAGCAACAAAUAUUCAGUUUGCCGUACUGGGCAACAUGCAAUAUAGGCAAUGGGCAAUAGCAACGUGCCCGCUAGUAUGCAUGUAUGCAUAGACAAUUAUAUUUUAUUGGAUUUAUACGUUGGAAUGGCACCGAUAGUUUUUUAAUUAAAAAUGACCAUAAAUGUAUUUAUUUAGACUUGUGUUUGUUAUUAAAUGUUGUAAAAUCUACGCAUUGCUGAAAUAUCAGAAAUAAUUAUUAAAUUGUGAAUAAUAAUUCCUUAGACUUUACAACUUUUAAGAGAAAUGUUUCAAGCGACCACCUCGUUUAUGUGAAAUUAGGAGUCACUGUUAAGGCUCACUUUAUUUAAAUAUAUUUGACUUUUUUCUUUUAUUAUAAGUAAUACGUGAUUUGUCGACUCUAUUGUAUUGAAUGCUUACAUAUUAAUGACUGUAUAUGUGUAUAUAAUAUUAUUAUAGUUAUUGAAAGUUAUUUCAUAAUCGUAUCUAAUGUAACAAAUAUUAUAAUUUUAAAUUAUGACUUUCAUUGUGAUUUCGUAUAAAUGUGGUGAAGCCCGGUUUAAUAUGGAGUCUAAUUCAUGAUAAGAUAGUGACGCAACAAGUGACGAUGUCACAACAAAAACUUUACUACUUAUUAAUUAAACUUUAAAGUAGAAAAAUUUUUUUUUAUAAAUUAUUAAAUUUACAGACGCCAUAUUUGUUUUAUACGAUCGUCUUGACUCUUGUAUGUGUAAGCUUACAUUAAAGUAUAUUUAUUAAAUCCAUUCAAUCGCCCAACUUUUUCAGUUUGUGCCUGAGUGCUAUGAACAAAAAUAUUAAUUCAAGUUAUGCAACUGUCGUGUCAUGAAUUAGACCUAAUUUAUUUAAUACAAAAAUAAUUUCAAUUCGAUGUCACACAUAGCACGUUUAAUUACAAAACUAAUUUAGCACUUACCCUACAAUAUUAUUUGAAGCACGUGGUUUAAAUAAUUUGGCCGUUGAAAAUCGAUCAGUCAUAAAAAAAAAUAGUAAAAUAUGAACAUCUAUAUGUUUAAAUUAAUUUUGUGAAGUACAUUUUCAAAAAUGGAAUAAGAUCAACAAACGUUCGAGACGGCCAAAGAUUUAACGCAGAUCACAAAUGCGUGCUAAUAAAUAUCGCUUUAGCUCUGUUAAAUAUAUAUUAAUAUAGGGCAUGUAAUUAUUCUUAGCAUAUAACUUGUAUAUUGUAAAAAGGCGAAAAGCUAUUUUUAUAAUUUAUGUUUUUUAUUGUUAUCGUCUCAAUGUACCAUACAUGCCAAAUGUUGACUAACUAAAUCAUGUUAUUACCACCUGUAACACUACGUUGGCUAAAUAAAUAUUAUAAAACACUA